AUGAAGGACCAAUCCUCCACAAAUUCCAUGACUAAUACUAAAGAUGGACAAACUAAAGCUGAAGAAUAUUCUAUUUCCCAUGAAUCGCACAACUCCAUAGAACCUUAUAGACUUACAAUUCCUCAAUGUGCUAAAACUUUUCAAACAGAUAUCGCUCUUGGAUUGACUAGUACCAAUGCUCAAAAGUUAAUAGAAGUUUAUGGUGCAAAUUCUCUUGGUGAUGAAGCAAAGAUAUCAAUUACAAAUAUUAUUGCACAUCAAGUGUUCAACGCGAUGAUCUUGGUUUUGAUUAUUUCUAUGAUUAUUGCUUUGGCGAUCAAAGAUUGGAUCUCUGGUGGUGUGAUUGCUUUUGUUGUUUUCAUCAACAUUAGUGUCGGAUUCGUCCAAGAGUAUAAAGCUGAAAAGACUAUGGGGUCGUUGAGAUCUUUAAGUUCUCCAACUGCUAGAGUAACCAGAGACGGAGACGAUGCUACAAUCCCUGCAGAAGAAGUUGUUCCAGGUGAUUUAGUUCAUAUUAAAGUGGGUGACACCGUUCCUGCUGAUUUGAGAUUGGUUGACUGUAUGAAUUUGGAAACAGAUGAAGCUUUGUUAACUGGUGAAUCGUUGCCAGUUCUUAAGAAUCAUGAAGACUACUAUCCAGAUAUUGAAAAAGACGUUCCAGUUGGAGAUCGUUUAAAUUUGGCUUACAGUAGUUCAGUAGUUUCAAAAGGUAGAGGAACUGGUAUUGUAAUCGCUGCCGGUUUGAAUACAGAAAUAGGUAAGAUAGCUAAAUCCUUGAGAGGUAAUGAUUCCAUUAUAAGAAAGGUUAAUAGAGUUGAAAAUGAGAAACCUAAAAAGAGAGAAUAUAGUAAAGCAUUUUUCGGUACUUUGAAAGAUAUCUGCUUAAAUAUAUUAGGUGUCACUGUUGGUACGCCAUUACAAAGAAAGUUGUCAUGGUUGGCGAUCAUUUUGUUCGGAGUUGCCGUUCUCUUUGCAAUCUUAGUUAUGGCUUCACAGAAAUUCAGGGUCAACAAAGAAGUUGCAAUCUAUGCAAUUUGUGUUGCAUUAUCAAUGAUUCCAUCUUCAUUAAUCGUUGUUUUGACCAUCACAAUGGCAGUUGGUGCCCAAGUAAUGGUCACAAAGAAUGUAAUUGUAAGAAAAUUGGACUCCUUAGAAGCAUUGGGUGGUAUCAAUGAUAUUUGUUCUGAUAAAACAGGAACUUUGACACAAGGUAAAAUGAUUGCAAAGAAAGUUUGGAUUCCAACUAGUGGUACAUACACAAUUGAAAAUUCAAAUGAACCCUUCAAUCCUACAGUCGGUGACUUGGGGUUUGCUCCAUAUUCUCCAAGUGCUAUUCGUGAUACUGAUGAAGAAAUUGAUUUCUCUUUCAACGUUGAUUCAAAUAACUUCCCACUGAAUUUUACCAAAUGGAUGUAUUGUGCUACUUUAGCUAAUAUUGCAACUGUCAAUCAAGCUAAGGAUGAAGAGACCGGUGAAGUAUUGUGGAAAGCCCACGGAGAUGCCACUGAAAUUGCAAUUCAAGUUUUCACCACUAGACAAAAUUUAGCAAGGGAAUCAAUCGUACACGAUUACGAUCAUUUGGCAGAAUUUCCCUUUGAUUCUUCCAUUAAGAGAAUGUCAUCAAUUUACAAACAAUUAGGUAAUAACGGAAAAACUAUGGUAUACACCAAAGGUGCAGUUGAGAGAGUUUUAGCUUGUUGUAAAAACUGGUAUGGCCACAACGACCAAUCCGACGAUCAAAAGCUCUUAUCCUUGACUGAUGACGACAAGGCAUUAAUUGAAGAUAACAUGAAUGCAUUAUCAGCACAAGGAUUAAGAGUGUUGGCAUUUGCUACCAGAGAGUAUGAAGAUAAAUCUGAAGAUAUUGAAGACAGAGCUUCAGUCGAAUCUGGAUUGACCUUUUUGGGAUUAAUCGGUAUUUAUGAUCCUCCUAGAAUUGAAACAGCCGGUUCUGUGAAAAAAUGUCAUAGAGCAGGAAUCAACGUUCAUAUGUUAACUGGUGAUCACCCUGGUACUGCCAAGGCUAUUGCUCAAGAAGUUGGAAUUUUACCACACAACCUUUAUCAUUACAGUCAAGAUAUUGUCAAGGCAAUGUGCAUGACUGCUAGCGAAUUUGACGCAUUGACAGACCAAGAAAUUGACGCAUUACCUGUUUUACCAUUGGUUAUUGCAAGAUGUGCUCCCCAAACUAAGGUCCGUAUGAUUGACGCUUUGCAUCGUAGAAAGAAGUUUGCAGCCAUGACUGGUGAUGGUGUUAACGACUCACCUUCAUUAAAGAAGGCUGAUGUCGGUAUUGCAAUGGGUCUUAAUGGUUCUGAUGUUGCUAAAGAUGCAUCUGAUAUCGUUUUAACAGAUGAUAAUUUCUCCUCAAUUUUGAAUGCAAUUGAAGAGGGACGUAGAAUGUCAUCGAAUAUUCAAAAGUUCGUUUUGCAAUUAUUGGCCACCAAUGUUUGUCAAGCAUUGUUCUUAAUGAUUGGAUUAGCAUUUAUGGAUGAGACAGGAUACUCGGUAUUUCCAUUAUCACCAGUUGAGGUCUUGUGGGUCAUUGUUGUGACCUCAUGUUUCCCAGCUAUGGGAUUGGGUCAAGAGAGAGCACUGGAUGAUAUCUUAACUCAACCACCAAACAAUCAAAUUUUCACUUGGGAAGUCAUUAUCGACACAGUUGUUUAUGGUAUUCUCAUGGCAAUCAGUUGUCUUUGUACUUUUGUUCUUAUUGUCUUUGGUGUUGGAAAUGGUGACUUGGGCUACAAUUGUAACGCAACAGACAAUGAAUCUUGUCAUUUGGUGUUCAAGGGUAGAUCUUCAGCAUUUUUAACUAUGACUUGGUGUGCUUUAUUAUUAGCUUGGGAAUGUAUCCAUCCAACAAACUCGUUAUUCUUUAUGAGACCUGAGCUGGAGAACCCAUGGUACAAGCAAACCUGGUUAGAUUUAUACGGAAACAAGUUCUUAUUUUGGUCAGUCAUUGGAGGAUUCAUAACCGCCUUCCCAGUCAUUUAUAUUCCAGUCAUUAAUGAAAAGGUAUUCUUACAUCAAAGAAUUGGCUGGGAAGUAGCCUUGGCAAUUGGAUUUUCGCUUUUCUUUUUCUUAGGAGCUGAAGCUUGGAAAUGGGCCAAGAGAAUUUACAAAAGAAAGCACAUUGCAAAGGCAUCGAACCCAGAGUAUGAGUUGGAAAGAAAUGACCCUUUCCAAAAGUAUGCCUCAUUCUCGAGAAGUAAUACCAUGGACAUGCAAAAGGUAUUAGUUUAG